CGCUGGCACCCUCUGUGUGUGUGUCCGUGUGUCCGUCUGUGUGUCUGUCCCCCCCCCGGACCCCCCCCCACCAUGCUCUUCUGGCAUGGUCAACCUGACCAUUACUGGUCCAGUCCUGGGGAGAUGUACCCCAUCUCCGGCCCUGGGCUGCUCAGGGACCCCCCCGUGCUGCCCUACUUGAAGCAGGAGGAACCCAACGGCAUCUCCACCUCGCAGCCCCCCUGCCCGGCUUUCCAGUACGUGCUCUGUGCCCCCACUUCUCCCGCCGUCCGGCACCACGAGGAGACCCUCACCUACCUCAACCAGGGGCAGUCGUAUGAGAUCCGCAUGAUGGGGAACCCCCGGGCGGACCCCGGCGGGGAGGGACGGAGGAUGCUCAAGAGCGUGGUGCGGGUGGUCUUCCACGACCGGCGGCUGCAGUACUCGGAGCAGCAGCAGCUGGAGGGCUGGCGGUGGAGCCGCCCGGGCGAUCGCAUCCUUGACAUCGACAUCCCGCUCUCCGUCGGCAUCCUCGAACCCCAAAUCCAUCCCACGCUGCUCAACACGGUGGAGUUCCUCUGGGACCCCUCGAGACGGACGUCCGUCUUCGUGCAGGUUCACUGCAUCAGCACUGAGUUCACGCUGCGGAAGAACGGGGGGGAGAAAGGCGUCCCCUUCCGCAUCCAGAUCGACACCUUCGGGGCGGGGGGCAAGGGGGACCCCCCCGAGCACCUCCACUCCGCCAGCUGCCUCAUCAAGGUGUUCAAGCCCAAGGGGGCCGACAGAAAGCAGAAGACGGACCGGGAGAAGGUGGAGAAGCAGCCGGCACUGGAGCGGGAGAAAUUCCAGCCAGCCUACGAGAGCACCGUGCUGGCCGAGUGUGCCCCAUGGCCGGACACGCUGGGUGCACCCCACAGCCCCCCAGGGACCCCGGGGCUGCCGUCUCCUCACUCCUUCAAGCUGCUGAGCCCCGAGAGGGUGUGCGCGUCGCCCGCCUGCGCUGCCGAGAGCCCCGCAGAGAGUCCUGGUGAGGCGCUGAGCCCCUGCGCAUCCCCCCUGGAGACGCAGCAGUGGCUGCACAAGUGCCGCUUCUCUGCCUACGCCCGGAUCUUUGCCAACUUUGCAGGCGCCGACCUGCUGAAGCUCUCCCGCAGGGACCUGAUCCAGAUCUGCGGAGCCCCCGACGGCAUCCGCCUCUGCAACGCGCUGACGGGCAGGUGCCCGCGGCCCCGGUUGACCCUCUACGUGUCGCGGGAGCCCGCCGGUGGGGCUGAGGGUGCGGAGGACGGAUGCUCAGGGCUGUACCAGGAGGUGCAGCUGGAAGAGCUGACGACAGCCGAGCUGACCGGGAAGCUGGCCGAGCUGCUGGGGCUGCCCGCGGGCCAGAUCCUGCGGGUGUCCCGGCAGGGACCCUCCGGCAUCCACAUCCUCGUCAGCGAUGCGAUGAUCAGGAACCUCCUGGACGAGACCUGCUUCGUGGUGGCCGUUGGCAAAGGUAACGAACCGACCCCUGGGAAGGGACAUCUCCCACCGGUGCCGGAGCGAGAGUGGGGAUGGAGAGAGGAGCCCGAGGCUGGCACCGUCCCCAAGAGCCCAUCCUCCAAACACCGUUCGCCCUCCCUCCGUCCCUGCCAGGCUCGCUCGGCCCCUCAUGCAGCGGGGCGAGAAGAAGGGGUCCCAUCCCGGCUGCCAGCUCGUCUCCAUCCCUUUCUCCCUGCGCUGACGGCAGCUGCAUCCCCACACCCGCCGCGUUGCCUUCGCCUCGUCCCCAUUUUGUAUUAAAGGAUGGAGGGAGCCAGCCCAGAGCGUGGCCUCGUCCCUGCGACGCUUGCUGGGGUUUGGGCAAGGGGUCCCCGGGGUCCUGCAGGGAUGGAGCCCACCAUGGCGCAGAGCCCAGGGCAGCCCCAGCUGGCAAAACCCAGUAAAGCCUCAUUUCUGCGUUUUGGCUCAGGGAAUGGUUUAUUUUUAACACCGAGUCCUUCCCCCAAGCACAGUCCAGCGUGGCCGCUGCUGGCACGGAGGGCAGAGCCGGGCAGUGAAGCGAGACAGGGGACGCCUUUGGGAGGAAAAGACUCGCAGGGCAAAGGACGGGUUUGGGAUAAACAAGGGUUUGGGAUAAACAAGCCGGCAGGAGGUUUCCCCAGAGAGGAAGGACAGAGACCGAGAGGAGCCGGAGGAUGCGGCGAGAAGCAGGGAGGGUGCUGGGACAUCCCCUGGACCGGCUCCGAGAUCAGAGUGCUGGCAAACACAGAGAAGGGACAGCGGCGAGCACGGGGGCAAGGGCAGACACGGGACCGUGGACCACAACCCUCCCCAAAACACUCAC